AUGAACAAGCCAACGUCAGAAAACCUUGGUCUGAUGAUUAAAAGAAAGAAAGUGUGUAAAAGGACAUGUUUGGAUCCAGACUCAGGACACACAGCCCUCCAUGAGGCUGCCCUCAGAGGUCUCCCUGAGGCCUGUGUGCUGCUGCUUCAGGCUGGAGCUGUGGUCAAUGUGUGUGGACCAGGUGGACUCACUCCUCUGCAUCACGCUCUUCAGAACUCACAUCUGCAGGUUCCUCCUCCACACACUCACACACUCACUCCUCUGCAUCACGCCCUUCAGAACUCACAUCUGCAGGUGCCUCCUCCACACACUCACUCCUCUGCAUCACGCCCUUCAGAACUCACAUCUGCAGGUGCCUCCUCCACACACUCACUCCUCUGCAUCACGCCCUUCAGAACUCACAUCUGCAGGUGCCCCCUCCACACACUCACUCCUCUGCAUCACGCCCUUCAGAACUCACAUCUGCAGGUGCCCCCUCCACACACUCACUCCUCUGCAUCACGCCCUUCAGAACUCACAUCUGCAGGUGCCCCCUCCACACACUCACUCCUCUGCAUCACGCCCUUCAGAACUCACAUCUGCAGGUGCCCCCUCCACACACUCACUCCUCUGCAUCACGCCCUUCAGAACUCACAUCUGCAGGUGCCCCUCCACACACUCACUCCUCUGCAUCACGCCCUUCAGAACUCACAUCUGCAGGUGCCCCUCCACACACUCACUCCUCUGCAUCACGCCCUUCAGAACUCACAUCUGCAGGUGCCCCUCCACACACUCACUCCUCUGCAUCACGCCCUUCAGAACUCACAUCUGCAGGUGCCUCCUCCACACACUCACUCCUCUGCAUCACGCCCUUCAGAACUCACAUCUGCAGGUGCCCCUCCACACACUCACUCCUCUGCAUCACGCCCUUCAGAACUCACAUCUGCAGGUGCCUCCUCCACACACUCACUCCUCUGCAUCACGCCCUUCAGAACUCACAUCUGCAGGUCCCUCCUCCACACACUCACUCCUCUGCAUCACGCCCUUCAGAACUCACAUCUGCAGGUGCCCCUCCACACACUCACUCCUCUGCAUCACGCCCUUCAGAACUCACAUCUGCAGGUGCCUCCUCCACACACUCACUCCUCUGCAUCACGCCCUUCAGAACUCACAUCUGCAGGUGCCCCCUCCACACACUCACUCCUCUGCAUCACGCCCUUCAGAACUCACAUCUGCAGGUGCCCCCUCCACACACUCACUCCUCUGCAUCACGCCCUUCAGAACUCACAUCUGCAGGUGCCUCCUCCACACACUCACUCCUCUGCAUCACGCCCUUCAGAACUCACAUCUGCAGGUGCCCUCCACACACUCACUCCUCUGCAUCACGCCCUUCAGAACUCACAUCUGCAGGUGCCCCCUCCACACACUCACUCCUCUGCAUCACGCCCUUCAGAACUCACAUCUGCAGGUGCCCCCUCCACACACUCACUCCUCUGCAUCACGCCCUUCAGAACUCACAUCUGCAGGCCCAGUGGCUCGGAGCACUCUGAGGACUGGACCUUCCAGGCCACGCAGAACUACAGAACUAAUGAAGAGGAACGGACUGAGACUGAGGACUGA